CUGUUCCUGCAGGGAACGUUCAGGAGAGAGGAGUUUUUCUAGUUUUCUUUUCUCAGGUCGAAGACAGCGUCCACGGUGGAACAACGACGGCGUCCAGGCUGGAACGACGACAGCUAUGCGCUCUUCAAGUUGUCUGACCCGCUGUGCGAGGGUCACAUUAUUUUACUAACUUUUAGUUAUCAUUAACGACUGGAAUUUGACUCAAACUAUCCUCAAAAUGAUGCAUUUCCUGCUGCUCUUCAGUCGCCAAGGCAAGCUCCGCCUCCAGAAGUGGUUCACGCCCAUCCCUGAGCGAGAGAAGAAGAAGAUCGUCAGGGACAUGACCACCAUGGUGUUGGGACGGAAGCCACGCUCCUGCAACUUCCUGCAUUGGAAAGACCUGAAGAUCGUCUACAAGAAGUAUGCCAGUCUGUAUUUCUGCUGUGGUCUGGAUGCUGAGGAGAAUGAGCUAUUAGCCCUGGAGGUGCUGCAUCGCUAUGUGGAGCUGUUGGACAAGUACUUUGGCAACGUAUGUGAGCUGGACAUAAUCUUUAACUUUGAAAAGGCUUACUUCAUCCUGGAUGAGUUUCUGUUGGGGGGAGAGGUACAGGAGACGUCCAAACAGGUCGUAUCCCGCUCCAUCGAGGCCUCAGACAUGCUACAGGAGGCUGAGAUUGACAACAGUGAUUAUGAACUGGAGCUUGGAUGGCCUUGAAUUUGAACAAAGACCAUGGAGGAAUACAUGAGCAAGCCUGCGUUCUAAUACUGGAACCGGGGGUCUACACACACAAGAAGGAAUUUGGAAUACAGGACCAUUCCAGAACUGGAAGUCUUCCUACUGUACAGAAUCCAUGGAAUUACGAGUUCUAGAAUUCUAUUUCUAUGACGGUAUCUGUCUGUUUAGGUGGGCAGGACAUUUUAUCCUGGAUUGAGUGUUCUAAAUACUGCUUUAUUUUUCCUCGUAAGAUAAGGACGAGCCUUUUGCUGUUAUUAUUGAUAUGAUCACCCAUCCUCCUGGAUCCUUGAAGUUGUUACUGAAAACUGUGGUUAUAACAAUCCUAAUAUAUCACCACGAAGUGCUUUUGAAUCAAUUCUUGAUUUCUUCAAUGACAUGUUGUGCAUGUAAGAUGUAUAUCGAAAUUGAAGAAGUGCCUCUUUAGAAUAUGUAUUUGAAGUUGCGUUUUAAAAUCUUGUAGACUAGCCUUGUUUUGUAUUAUCUUGGUUGGGACUAGCCUUUUUGGAAAGGGAAUUAUUUAUCUGGGUGAAUGUUACUGUUUGUUUUUUAUAUAACUAAUUAUUGAUUUUGAAUGUUGAAGACUUUGGGAUUAAAGUGUAUUUUGAUACCAGAA